GAGUUAGGUUUGAUAUGAUUAAGUUUUUUUUUUUUAUUUUUUUACGAAAAAUAAUAAUAAUAAUUGAUAAAUGGAGUUAGGUUUGUUCGUGUUCGAGGUUUCUUGAAGUUAAAUUACGUUUUAAAUAACUACUCUUAUGUAAAACUAUAUAUACGAGUAUAUAUGUAUUAAUGUGUAUAUAAUAUUAUGUAUUAAUAUUUAAAUAAUAUUUUAUUGACAUUGUACACCACAAAUCGAAAUGGUGAGAAAGGAAGAGGGGGUGAGGGGGCCGUUUAUGUGAAUUUUAUAGCCCUCUCGCUCACACGGACACUAACUCCGUCUCUUUCCGACCAGCACAUAAAAGACGCCGGCGACGCGUUGCUUCGUUUAUUCCCUCUCGUGACUCGUUAAAGUAACGUACACGCGUGUCGUAGUAAUUUUUCGCAAUGGCCCGUACCAAACAGACCGCUCGUAAAUCCACCGGUGGUAAAGCGCCCCGCAAACAGCUCGCCACCAAGGCGGCCCGCAAGAGUGCGCCCGCCACCGGCGGUGUCAAGAAACCCCAUCGCUACAGACCCGGCACCGUAGCCCUACGUGAGAUCCGUCGCUACCAGAAGAGCACUGAGCUUCUGAUCCGCAAGCUGCCCUUCCAGCGUCUGGUCCGUGAGAUCGCUCAGGACUUCAAGACCGACCUGCGCUUCCAGAGCUCCGCCGUUAUGGCUCUCCAGGAGGCCAGCGAGGCUUACCUCGUCGGUCUCUUCGAGGACACCAACCUGUGCGCCAUCCACGCCAAGCUCGCAAUGACCGGUCGCGGUAAGGGAGGUAAAGGCCUGGGGAAAGGAGGAGCCAAGCGCCACAGGAAGGUGCUCCGUGAUAACAUCCAGGGUAUCACCAAGCCCGCCAUCCGUCGUCUCGCUCGCAGAGGUGGCGUCAAGCGUAUCUCCGGUCUGAUCUACGAGGAGACCCGCGGCGUCCUGAAGGUGUUCCUCGAGAACGUGAUCCGUGACGCGGUCACCUACACCGAGCACGCCAAGAGGAAGACCGUCACCGCCAUGGACGUAGUCUACGCUCUGAAGCGUCAGGGCCGCACCCUCUACGGUUUCGGAGGUUAAGCAAGCGGCGCUGGACACGACGAUAUCGUGUAAUACGUGUAACGUAUUACCGUAUCGCGCGCGAGCGCACCGCGUGCGUCCUUCUCGGACGCAAAUACAAAAAAAGGCCCUUUUCAGGGCCGCAAAUAAUUCUAUGAUACGAUUACGAUACAUAGUUUCAGUACCGAUACAAACGGACAAACAAUCUAUCGAUCUAUCUAUCUAACCUAACGUACAUAUUAUACUUAUUUACGUUAAAAUAAUAUAAUAUAAUUAAUUAAUUACUUACCCCGCACCCCAACUCCAAUAUUCCAAGUUGUACAGCCAGAUUGCUUGCCGCAUCGGUGGUUUGACGACAGCUCUCUGAAACAAUUAUGAUAAAACGUAUUGAGACUUUAUUAACACGAAGUAGCAAUCUACCACCGCACGGCAGUCUGUAAGUAAAUACAUACAUACAUAACUGAACGCCGACCGACCGCUCGUCAAUACUUACAUAUUAUGUAUUGAAAUUAGACAAAAUGUGUUACCCUAAAUUCCAUAAAUAAAUUAAUAAAUAUUAUAUCAUGCAAGUUGCGGAAACUUGCAUAUUAUAAUAUUCAUGAACAUUUCUACAUAAAUAAAUGCAUAAAAU